CAAAAGGGUUCUCCGGAAUCGAAACUGCACCGAAAAGUUCCGCGCGAGCAGCUGCUGGGAACCACGUGAGUUCGGGGAGCGUUUCCGGUGCGGGCAGUCUCAGCAGGAGUGAGAGACCUGACUUCUGAAGGGGACCAUGGCCAACAGUGAACGCACCUUCAUUGCCAUCAAGCCUGAUGGGGUCCAGCGGGGGCUUGUGGGAGAGAUCAUCAAACGUUUUGAACAGAAGGGGUUCCGCCUUGUUGGUCUGAAAUUCAUGCAGGCUUCAGAGGACCUUCUCAAGGAGCACUACAUCGACCUGAAGGACCGUCCCUUCUUUACUGGCCUCGUGAAAUACAUGCACUCAGGACCAGUGGUUGCUAUGGUCUGGGAGGGGCUGAAUGUUGUGAAGACAGGCCGAGUGAUGCUUGGAGAGACCAACCCUGCGGACUCUAAACCCGGAACCAUUCGAGGAGACUUUUGCAUCCAAGUUGGCAGGAACAUCAUUCACGGCAGCGAUUCUGUGGAGAGCGCAGAGAAGGAGAUCAGCUUGUGGUUUCAGCCUGAGGAGCUGGUGGAUUACAAGAGCUGUGCACAAAACUGGAUCUAUGAGUGACAGGAGGGCACCUGCCCUUCUCCUCUACUUACCCUGAUCUCACAGGCAAGGGACCAGCAUCUAAAUAUUUCUGGAACUUCCUUUGACCUGGAAGGAACCUCUGGGAGCUGUGACUCCCUGUGCAGUGUUACGUGCCACUGGUAGAUUAAAGUGUUUCAUCUCCA